GUUUUAUUUCAGCUAAUGUUAAAUUCUAUUAUCCAUUCUUUCAUCGAGCAUUGUUUAAUAUUUUGGAGGAUGGAUGGACUGCAUUUCUUCCAGAAACUGAAUUUUCAAAAAUUAGCAUGAAUACUGAAGAGUGGAGAAUCACACAUGUUAACAAAAAUUAUUCAGUAUGUCCAACCUAUCCAGAGAUAUUAGUGGUACCAAAGAAAAUUGAUGAUGAAACAUUAAUAAGUGUUGCUAAUUUUCGUUAUUUAUCUAGAUUUCCAGUUUUAAGUUAUUUUCAUAAAGGAUCUAAGGCUUCAAUUUUGAGGAGUAGUCAACCUAUGGUGGGAACUAACAUGAGGCGAUGUGAAGAAGAUAAAAACUUAAUGAAUGCUGCUUUAGUGGCAGGAGAAAGAGGUUAUAUUAUUGAUACAAGAGCACAAAAUUUUGCCCAGUUGGCAAGAACUAAAGGAGGGGGAUUUGAACCUGAAAUUCAUUAUCCAUUGUGGAGAAGAAUACAUAAGCCAAUAGACAGACAUUCAACCUUAUUAAAUUCACUUUCAAAAUUAAUUGAAGCUUGUAAUGAUACAAGUAGUUCAGUUGAUAAAUGGUUAUCCAGAUUAGAUUCCUCAGGAUGGUUGAACCAUGUAAAAGAUAUACUCACUUGUGCUUGUCUUGUAGCACAGUGCAUUGAUCAAGAAGGGUCAUCUGUUUUAGUUCAUGGAGCAGAAGGAACUGAUGCAACUUUACAGAUAUGUUCCUUAGCUCAAGUAAUAUUAGAUCCAGACUGCAGGACAGUUCGAGGUUUUGAAGCUUUAAUUGAAAGAGAAUGGUUGCAAGCAGGUCAUCCAUUUUCUACAAGAUGUCACCAUGGAGCUUAUGCUCCAACAAAUGUCCGCACAAAAGAUCAAAGCCCAACAUUUCUUAUGUUUUUAGAUUGUGUUUUUCAGAUCCACCAACAAUUUCCAUGUUCCUUUGAAUUUAAUGAACAAUUUCUAAUAAUGCUUUUUGAACAUAGUUAUGCAUCACAAUUUGGAACAUUUUUGGGAGAUUGUGACAAGGACAGGAAAAAUCUUAAGUUAUCUGAAAGGACUGUUUCAUUAUGGUCUCAUAUAAAUCAACCUGAUGUCCUUUCUAGCUAUUUAAAUCCAAUGUAUGAACCUAAUAAUAAAGUGAUUUGGCCAACAGUAGCACCACAAAGUUUGAUAUUAUGGCCUGCAAUGUAUCUAAGAUGGGUUUGUGAUUUAAAUCCACAAAUUGAAGCAUGGCAGACAAUUGCAGAAAUAAAAGAAAAGGAUAAAGAAUUGAAAUCAAAGGCAAUUAAAUUGAGCGGGCAGCUGGAAAGAGAGGCAAUAAGAGCAGGUGUCAUGUCACCCCCUAUACCAGACGAUGUCCUGUCUAAUACGGACUGAUUCUAUACAUCAUCUACCAUCUGCUUCGUUCGUUCUUUGUAUACAGAAGCAGCUGCUAUACCUGACACUGCACUUGAUAUUUGGCAUUCCAAUUUGAUCGCCUUCCGAUUAUUUUAUGUUCCGAAGGCUAAAUUAAUACAUGUUUAGAAGCGAGUAUUUUAAUUACUCACUCUUCUAGUGAUAUUGUAAAUUAUUUAAAGUAAUGACAAAUUGAAAUAAUAUAUCUAUAUAUUAUUUAAUAAAACUUGUGUCUUUCGUUUAUAUUAAAUGUAUUUACAACAUUGCUAUGUCAACGGAAUCGAUUACUAUUGUUCUGUAAAAGCUAUUAGACCUAUAUAAUAUACGGCAAAGUUCUCCUCUUUAAAAAUCUGUGUGUUCCCCUUUUUAGAGUCCCCUCGUGUAACAGCUGCUCCAUCGCGACCAUCUGCCUGCCCGGAGGGCUAAGUUGUCACCUGUGCCACGUGCCUACCAAACACCAGGAAUUGUACGAGAUAAAGAAACCAAAAUUUGUUUACAACAAAGUUUCAUAGUUUUUUUUCUUGCAGAGAUAGGUUAAGUUUUAUUUAUUUUUUCUGUAAAAGUUUGAUCGCGUUUGAUAUAGGUAGAGGAGCGAGUAGCAUUAAUAUUUUUUACAGCUUCUUUUUUCCCCGCUUUGAGUUAUUGCUUCAGAAUUGACAUACGUAACAAAAUUAACAGCUGGCCAAACAAAAAUGACCUGUAUAGCCGAGAGUAAAGUAAUAGCACUACAUCCUGUGGGCUCCAUAUGGGUUACUUGACACAGCUCAUCUUUCUUGCAGUAACUUCUCACUAAUAAAGUACGUUAACAUAAUUAUUUCAUGUUUCGUAAUAUAUAAAAUUGAAACAAAACAAGGCUUAUCUUUACGGGAAAGGAAAAGAAAAAAAAAAAAGAAAGAAUCUGGAAUGAGGUGUUUUCUUAAAUGUCAUGGGAGUUAUGUGUACAUCCUGUUUCGCAUGUGAUACACCUCUGUUUUGUUUAUCGUCACCGUGGUAAUAUAUUUCAUUUUUUACUACUUUUUAAAACUAUAAUUACUGUUCUGCAGUCUUUGUUUAUGUAUGUUGCAAGGAUUGACAGCACCCGUGUUUUACGUUUUAUAGAUAACUUGUAACUGGCAGCGUGUGACGAAACAGGUGAGUCGCCACCUGCAAAUUAUUAUCACCCACGAUAAAUGCCACGUAAAAAAAUUAUCACUUUCUACUCAAAUAACCAGUCGAAUUUAUUCUAUUUUUCGGACCGGAUGCUGUAGCAAAUACUCUCUUUAAUAAGAAUUAAGACAAAAGGAAUCAACUAAGCGAGACAAAUUGUCGCCUAAUUCUUCUAGAGGGAGAGUUCAUCGACUGUGCUGCAAAGUCAAGUUUACUAGUUUGGACACUUUCCAGGACUAGUUUGAUCUGUGCCAAGUUGGAUUUUGUGCAUGCACGUGUUUUGUGGGACCAUACCAGAUGGUUUAUAAUUAUCC